CUUCACCUUAACUUGGCUUAACCAGACAUUAUUUCCAUCAACAGAAAAUACAAAAUUCAUCUGUGUAUUAAGCAUCAUGUCCGAUAAUAUCCUACUCAAGGAGCGCCUGGCCCGUCGUAAGGUGCUCGCAGAGAUCUAUGGGCGUGUUUUGAAGACACCUUCCCAUCACAUUGACAAGGAUAUCCUCCAAGAAGCAUGUAUCCAGUAUUCAACCCUCUCACUCCAAGAGGAACCUGAUUUGGAGCCAUAUUAUUUUAAACCAUAUGCUGGAGAUCUCCCGCUCCCUGAGGACCCUGAUAACGACCUUGGCUCGAUGGAUUGCGACCUCCUUCGUAAUAACCACAUCUCGAACGCCAGGACCCUGCAGUUAGUCCUGUGGGACUAUGCAUACCAUUGUGGAAUGCUCCUCGAGGAGCAAAACUUGCAGCAUCUCUCUCCUUUCCGAGGAUAUCGAGAGACUGGAGAUUUCAAGUUCGGUAAUCUCUUUGAGGUAAUGCCAAAUAACUGGGAGGUACCAACAGUCCUUGAUACUCGCGAGGGGAAAUUUCCUCACAUGAAAGCUAUGGUUAUUAGCAACACUGUUGGCGACAACCAACUCCUUCGUGGAGAACUCCUAGCGAUCACGGAUAUUAUGUCUACUCGGCUCCGGACCAUAGAGCUGCGUCCACAUAUUAUUGCUCCGAUCCUAAUCUUCUCCAUGAUAGGUAUUCGACAUGCUCGGGUGUUAGAAGCUCACUUUAAUGGCAAGGACUUGAUCGUACGCUGCUCGAAGCUUUAUGAUUUUAGCUCCAGCACACCAGAUCUCAAGCUAAUAAGACUACUAGCCCGAUAUUGGCUUGGAAGUCCUUGUGGGGAGACUACUUGGGAGGAGAUAAUGGGUGUGAAAAAUUGAUUUGAUUAUGCGGCGCUAGAAAAUUCAAAUUUCUAGUAAUAAUGAUAUCUUACAUGGCUUUAUAAGUUUGACCCUUACUAGUGAGGAGAAGUUUCGAAAUUAUUUCCUACUCUUUAGGCUUUGUUGUGUAUAUGUCCUGUUUAUGUAUCUUGUCUGCCUAAAGUAUUAUAUUCUGGCCAGUGCCCCUUCUUAUUAUAAUAUAAUUUAAAAUCCUU